AUGGGUUGCUGCGCUUCAGUCGAGGAAAGUGAUAAUGCUGGGAAACUUCGCAAUGAAGAAAUCGAUGGGCAGCUCCGCAUGGAGAAACUCAAUAACAAGAACGAAGUCAAAUUGUUACUGCUCGGUGCUGGUGAGUCUGGAAAGUCGACCAUUUUAAAGCAGAUGAAGUUGAUUCAUGAUGGAGGAUUUACACCCGAGGAGAAGGAGGCUUACAAGGAGAUCAUCUUUAGCAAUUCACUGCAGUCGAUUCAUGUGUUGUUGGAGGCAAUGGAGACACUCGACAUCCCGCUCGACGACGCAUCCAACCAAGGAUACUUUGACUACGUUAUGGAGCAGUAUCAAAAGAUGGAUUAUUUCUCGAUGCCACCCGAAUUGGUGAGAGCAAUCAAACAGUUGUGGCAAGACAAGGGCGUUCAAGAAGCCCAUUCAAGAAGAAAUGAAUUCCAGUUGAAUGAUUCAGCAGCAUAUUACUUUGAUUCUAUUGAUCGUAUAGGUGACCCAAACUAUUUGCCCACCGAUCAAGAUGUCCUGCGUUCCCGUGUCAAGACCACGGGUAUUGCAGAGAGCAAAUUCACCUUUGGCACACUCACGUACCGCAUGUUUGAUGUGGGUGGACAGCGCUCAGAACGUAAAAAGUGGAUCCAUUGUUUUGAGGAUGUUACAGCCAUCAUCUUUCUGGUCGCUAUAUCUGAAUACGAUCAAGUCUUGAUUGAAGAUGAAUCGGUAAACAGAAUGCAAGAAGCUUUAACUUUAUUUGACUCCAUCUGUAACUCGAGAUGGUUUGAAAGAACAUCCACCAUUUUGUUCUUGAACAAGACUGAUCUGUUCAAGCAAAAGUUAGCGACGAGUCCACUGGUGGACUACUUUCCUGAUUACAAGGGAGCUAAUGAUGACUAUGAAGAAGCGAGCAACUACAUUAUGCAGCAAUUCAUCUCGCUCAAUUCCUCUGCUGAAAAGCAGGUUUACACUCAUUUGACUUGUGCAACAGACACUGAGCAAGUCAAGUUUGUCAUGGCAGCUGUGAAUGAUAUCGUGCUCCAAACGAAUCUUCGAGAUGUUGGUUUGAUUUAA